AUGAGCAGCAACGACCAGCCCAAGCCACCUGCCAAAGGAAAGAUAGAGAAGACUGUAACCAAAUUUUUGCCACAGUUGGAUAAGUUGCGAGACGAUAAAGACGUUUCAGUUCCAGAGGAGUUUAUGAUAAAAAAUGAGCUAACACCCGGAGAAUAUCUGAGCCAGAGGCCCAAGAAACGGAAGAUGCCCGAGUCGACGUGUAGUGAUGCAACCGCAGGACCAUCAGCUUCUAAAGGAAGAAGCAGUGGGAAGAAGGACCGGGAAAACUUCCGAAAUGCACUGGUGAACAUCAUCUUGCAACCGUCACCUUCUCAGGAAGCGCGCAUUUCCUGCGACGAAUCGCUGCCUGGCCCGUCAGCAUCCUCUGCGCCAAUUGAGAAAGACAUUUUGAAAUACUAUUACUACAUUCGCCACGGCAUUGAUACGGAACACGUGGCCCCGAUGGAAGACUCGUGGCUGGAACACGUCUUGGCCCUGGUGCCCCAGCACCUGAAAGUGCUCAGUGAAAGUAUUUAUGUGCUGUCUGAUGAAAUGAGAGAGGACUAUCUUCUCAGUGUAAAGAAAGCAAUAGUUGACUUUGUUUUAAGAGAUCCCAGGGAAAAAGAGGAGGGCAAGAAGCCAAUUCUCCUGCCUCAUCGUCAAGAAAUGGAAGUUGUGCCAAAACCGUGGAACAAGUCCUUCCUGGCAGCACGCAACUAUAUAAGCGAAAAUUUGCAUGCAAUAAAUCCGACCAUGUUGGCUGUUCUGGACCUGUGGCAGACAUCUUUUAAAAAUUUGCGCUUGGUUGAUAAGGAGGCAUUUCAUGCUCGACAGGACGCGAUGGAGCUCUCGUUCUUCCAGAAUAUAGUAGUAAGGCACAUGGAAGCUGCCAAAGACACGCUGUUUAAAAAGUGGUUUCCAAACGUGCAAAACAUCUACUACCAAGGCAACAAACGGAAGCAAGUGCCCACAAACGCCAGCAGCGCCCAACUGGAAGCGUUCUUCAACUGUGCCGGUGCCUUAAUGACCCAACAGCUGCAAAGCUUAGCUUUAGUUUCAAUGCAGGACUUCACCGAUCUGAUUGUGCAGCCUCCAAACUCUGUCCGAGCCUAUGAACACCCAGGAUUUAUCAUGAGACUGAUUCUUGACAAUGAUCACGUCAAGUUUGAACCAGAGUUCAGUGACUACGAAGCCAUUUUUCUGAACAUUUUUGCAGUGAUGAUAAAAGCCAUCAAUCUGUUGCCGAGAGUAGAGACCAAACUUUAUUCAAAGUGGCCUGAGAACAAGAGCAGAUCCACGAACCUGAGGCCUAUCAUCCUGAGUGAGAUCCUGGAGCGGCACAAGAAAGCGGUGAAGGACGAGAUCGUGAAAGAGAGCCAGGCGCCCAUCGAGCACCUCAGACUCUACGACAGGUACGCCGACUUCAUAACCAAACAGGCGGAACGGGACGUCGAGCAGUUCCUAUCGGAAGAGCACACCUUUGAAGAAAUGACAGGCGAAGUCUUGAGGUACCAGAACCUGAGGGACGAAAUACAGUUCACUUCUAGAAAGUGUAUCCGUCUAGGAAUGUUUGAAUUACACUGUGACGAACUGAUCAGAUCUCUGUCCAAGCGAGCUGAUUCUCUUUGUAACAGAAUUAUUGCCAAAAUGUUCAAAGAUCAUCAAGAUCUAAAUCAAAGGCUGUGUGAUGAGUUUGAGAAGAUAACCGAGAAAGCCCUGACCACACCGUCCAACACGCAUGAGCUAAUGGAAUUUAAGGCUUACAUACAGAAAGUGGAAACAGUGGACAUGCUGGAGAUGGAGCAGAAAUUAAUUGAGGCCAAGAACUACCUAGCCUUCCUGAUAGAGUGUACCAACUUUUCCCCGGUUGAUAUUCGACUCAACAAUAGCGUCUUUCAAUGGUACGGACGAAUGGGGGAGAUUUUCGAGGAACACAGAAGGAUAGUUAAAGACAAAACAGAACAAUUCCAAGAAGGACUUAAAAUCCGCUGCGAAAGAUUUGUCGAGGAACUGGAAGGUUACACCAAGCAAGUUGAAGAAUUCUCUUCUUAUGGGGACCUUCAGGAAGUCAAUAGAUACCUGAAAAAAGCCCAGGCGCUGAAUGCCAAGUUAGACAUUGCUGCUGACAAGAUUGAUCAAUUUAACGCGGAAGAGGAGGCCUAUGGGUGGCCGACCACUCAGUAUCCUCAGCGUAAAAAAAUCCAAGACACUCUGAACCCAUACCUUCGACUUUACGACAUGACUGUAGAGUUUAACACCAAAUACAGAAACUGGAUGGACGGCAUAUUCACCAAGGUGAAUCCAGACCAAGUUGAGAUGGAUGUGGGGAACUACUGGCGAGGACUGUACAAACUGGAAAAAACCUUCCACGAUUCCCCAAAUGCCCUGUUCAUAACGACAAGGAUUAAGGCCAAAGUGGAGGAAUUUAAGGAGCACAUCCCCCUGAUUCAAGUGAUUUGCAAUCCUGGUUUGCAGGAUCGGCAUUGGGAAGCCAUGUCGGAAAUAGUGGGUUACUCGCUAAAGCCCUCUGAAGAUUCGACCGUCUCUUCGUACAUCGAAAUGCACCUUGAGCCAUACUUGGAAAAGUUUGAAACCAUCAGUGAAUCGGCCAGCAAAGAACAUUCGUUAGAGAAGGCGAUGGUGAAAAUGAUUUCAGAAUGGGACAGCAUGGAAUUUGUUCUCCUUUCCUACCGAGAAACAGGGACUUACAUUUUGUCAGCGGUGGAUGACAUUCAGAUGUUGCUGGAUGACCACAUUGUCAAAACUCAGACCAUGAGAGGGUCUCCUUUUAUUAAGCCCUAUGAAAAGAAAAUGAGAGACUGGGAAGGAAAACUUUUGUUGGUGCAGGAGAUCUUAGAUGAGUGGCUGAAGGUUCAGGCGACUUGGCUGUAUUUAGAGCCGAUUUUCAGCUCUCCUGACAUUAUGUCUCAGAUGCCGGAGGAAGGCAGGCGAUUCACUACUGUGGACAAAACCUGGAAGGAUGUCAUGAAGUGUGCCAUUCAGGACCGUCACGUUCUUACAGUAGUGAUGAUAGACAAGAUGCUGGAGAAGCUGAAGAAAUGUAAUGAGUUACUGGAGUUAAUUCUUAAAGGAUUGAAUGAGUACUUAGAAAAAAAGCGCCUCUACUUCCCCAGAUUCUUCUUCUUAUCCAAUGAUGAACUCCUGGAGAUUCUUUCGGAGACCAAAGAUCCGACACGGGUAAAGCCGCACUUGAAAAAGUGCUUUGAAGGAAUCGCGAGUGUCGAGUUUACGGAUGUCUUGGACAUUACCCACAUGAAGAGCAGCGAAGGAGAAGUCGUGGAGCUCAUAACCACAAUAUCGACCUCUAAAGCUAGAGGUCAGGUGGAAAAAUGGUUAGUGGAAUUGGAAACAGCCAUGAUCAGUUCCAUCCGCAAGGUGAUUGGUCAAGCGAUAGAUGCCUAUCCGAAAACCGAACGUAUCAACUGGGUUAGGGAAUGGCCUGGCCAAACGGUUCUUUGUGUCUCUCAGGCUUUCUGGACUUCGGAAGUGCAAGUGGCUAUUAGAAAUGGCCAGCAGGCGCUGGAGAAUUACUUGGACCAGUGCAAUGACCAGAUCGAUGGAAUCGUCACUUUAGUGCGGGGAAAGUUGUCCAAGCAGAACCGAACGACUCUCGGUGCCCUCGUCGUCCUGGAUGUUCACGCGAGGGACGUUCUUGCGUCCCUCGUGGCCAAGUGUGUCAACGACGAAAAUGACUUUGAAUGGUUAAGCCAGCUUAGAUACUACUGGGAGGAACAACAUCUCCAGACAAAGAUGAUCAAUGCUGGUUUAAGAUACGGAUAUGAAUAUCUUGGCAAUACCCCUAGGCUAGUUAUUACUCCACUCACUGACAGAUGCUACAGAACUCUGUUCGGUGCUCUCCACUUGCAUCUUGGGGGCGCCCCAGAAGGCCCUGCUGGAACUGGGAAAACUGAAACGACAAAGGACUUGGCGAAAGCGGUCGCCAAGCAGUGUGUGGUUUUCAACUGUUCAGAUGGUCUGGAUUAUCUGGCUCUAGGGAAAUUCUUUAAGGGCCUGCUUUCCUGUGGAGCCUGGGCCUGCUUUGAUGAAUUUAACAGAAUUGACUUAGAGGUCCUUUCCGUUGUAGCACAGCAAAUUCUGACCAUCCAGAGAGGUAUCAAUUCCGGGUCUGACGUCCUGGUAUUUGAAGGGACUGAGCUGAAACUUAACCCGACAUGUGCUGUCUUUAUAACCAUGAACCCUGGCUAUGCCGGGCGCUCAGAACUUCCAGACAAUCUGAAGGCCCUGUUUCGGACAGUGGCGAUGAUGGUCCCUGAUUACGCCAUGAUCGCAGAGAUCGUCCUGUACUCCUGCGGGUUCGUUACCGCCCGGCCCCUGUCGGUGAAGAUCGUGGCUACCUACCGCCUGUGCUCAGAGCAGCUGUCUUCCCAGCACCACUACGAUUACGGGAUGAGGGCGGUGAAGUCGGUGCUGACUGCUGCGGGUAACCUAAAGCUGAAAUAUCCCUCAGAAAACGAAGAAAUUUUACUGCUUAGGUCCAUUAUAGAUGUAAAUUUGCCUAAAUUCUUAUCCCACGAUCUACCACUUUUUGAGGGCAUUACUUCCGAUUUGUUUCCUGGCGUGAAGCUGCCGAAACCAGAUUACAAUGACAUUCUGGCAUCUAUCAAGAUAUACUGCAAGUCUAUGAAUUUGCAAAUGACUGAUUUCUUUGCUGAGAAAAUCCUGCAGAUAUUUGAGAUGAUGAUUGUGCGGCACGGCUUUAUGAUCGUGGGAGAGCCCUUUGGUGGAAAAACAUCUGCAUAUCGAGUUUUGGCAUCUGCCUUGGGUGACUUGUGCGAAAAGGGCCUAAUGGAGGAAAACAAAGUUCAGAUUACCGUCAUCAACCCCAAAGCCAUCACCAUGGGUCAGCUGUAUGGACAAUUUGAUCCUGUCUCCCAUGAGUGGUCUGACGGUAUCCUAGCAGUGAGCUUUAGAGCAUUUGCUUCUUCAGCCACACCUGACAGAAAGUGGCUUAUUUUUGACGGGCCGGUGGAUGCGGUGUGGAUUGAGAAUAUGAACACUGUGCUGGAUGACAACAAGAAACUCUGCUUGAUGAGUGGAGAGAUCAUCCAGAUGUCCCAGCAGAUGAGCCUUAUUUUUGAGCCAAUGGACUUAGAAGUCGCUUCCCCUGCUACUGUUUCCAGAUGUGGCAUGGUCUACAUGGAGCCCCACAUGUUGGGCUGGAGACCGGUGAUGCUGUCCUGGUUAAAUCUGAUGCCGUCCACCGUCACAGAGAUGCAUAAAGAAUUCAUAACUUCCUUGUUUGACAGGAUGGUGACCCUUUUGGUCGAGUUUGUUAGAAAGUGUACAAAGGAACUGUCCCCUACGUCAGACACAAAUUUGGUCCGAUCGUUAAUGAAUCUGAUGGACUGCCUGAUGGAUGAGUUCGCCAGUGAAGCCAAGAUUAAAGCCAUGAGUGACCGUGACGUUUUUUCUUGGCUCGAGGGCAUUUUUCUGUUUUCACUCACCUGGUCCAUUGGAGCCAGCUGUAAGGAGGACGAUCGGCUGAAAUUUGACCUGCUUGUGCGAGAACUGCUUGUUGGGCCCAUGAGCGACGAGACAAGGGAAAAAUAUAAAUUGUUGAGCUGUAUGGAGCAGCCCCCUGCAAAAGUCCUCACCGUCCCCUUUCCAGAAGAAGGAACGAUUUAUGAGUAUCGGUUUAUCAAAGAAGGAGCAGGGCGGUGGGAGCCGUGGGUGGAAGCCCUGCAAUCCGCUCCCCCUAUCAUGAAAGACAUGCUGUUCAACGAAAUCAUUGUUCCUACUCUGGACACCAUCCGGUACUUUGCAUUAAUGGAGCUGCUGACAACACAUCAGAAGCCCUCCAUAUUCGUAGGGCCUACAGGGACGGGCAAGAGCGUAUAUAUUAUAGAUUUUCUUCUAAACCACUUAAAUAAGGAAGUCUACAAACCCCUGCUCAUCAACUUCUCGGCACAGACAACGGCAGCUCAGACUCAAAACAUCAUCAUGUCGAAGCUGGACAAAAGGCGGAAAGGAGUCUACGGUCCCCCGCUCGGGAAGAGAAUGGUUGUAUUUGUAGAUGACGUCAAUAUGCCAGCACGAGAAGUCUAUGGCGCUCAGCCACCAGUGGAGUUACUUCGGCAGUGGUUAGACCACUGGAACUGGUAUGACCUGAAAGACUGCUCUGUGAUUAAACUGGUGGACGUACAAAUCAUGUGUGCCAUGGGGCCACCAGGCGGAGGCCGAAACCCAAUCACUCCUCGGUAUUUGCGACACUUCAAUACCGUUACCAUUAAUGAAUUUGACGAUGCUUCGAUGUACACAAUUUUCUCCAGAAUAUUAGACUGGCAUCUCACUAUAUGUUAUAACUUCCCUCCGGAAUGUGUUGAACUGUCUGAGCAGAUUAUCAAUAGCACCAUGACCGUGUAUAAAGAGGCAAUGGAGAACUUGCUUCCCACGCCGACUAAAUCGCACUACCUGUUCAACUUGCGAGAUUUCUCUCGGGUGAUUCAAGGUGUUUGCCUGUCAAGGCCUGAAACAACGGUAUCUACGGGCACAAUAAAACGUCUUUGGGUUCAUGAGGUCCUUAGAGUAUAUUAUGAUCGUUUAGUAGAUAAAUCAGAUCGAUCCUGGCUCGUUGGAUGCAUUCAGAAUGUAGUGCAAAAAGGCCUGCAAGAAGACUUCGACGAACUUUUCCAGAGGUUGGAUUUCAAUUAUGACGGGGUAGUGGAAGAAGACGACUUGCGCAGUCUGAUGUUUUGUGAUUUUCAUGAUCCUAAAAAGGAGGAUACAAGCUACAGAGAGGUCUAUGAUGUGGACGAGUUGAGAACUGUUGUAGAGAGCCAUCUGGAAGAGUACAACAACAUGAGCAAAAAACCCAUGCAGCUGGUUUUAUUCCGAUUCGCAAUAGAACAUGUCUGCCGAAUUUCCCGUAUUUUGAAGCAACCUCGUAGCCACGCCCUUCUGGUUGGCGUUGGAGGAAGCGGCCGGCAGUCCCUCACCCGUUUAGCUGCUCAUAUGGCCGAUUAUACACCUUUCCAGGUUGAAAUAUCAAAGAGCUACGGAACCAACGAAUGGCAUGAAGACCUCAAAGUCAUCUUACGGAGAUCUACCGAAGGCGAGAUGCAAGGAGUUUUCUUAUUCACCGACACCCAGAUCAAGAGGGAGUCGUUUUUAGAGGAUAUAAACAACUUGCUAAAUGCUGGAGAAGUUCCAAAUCUCUUUGCGGUCGACGAGAAGCAAGAAAUUUGUGAAAAGAUGCGUCAAAUAGACCGCCAGAGGGACAAAACCAAGCAAACGGAUGGUAGCCCCAUCGCCCUCUUCAACAUGUUCAUUGACCGCUGCCGAGACCAACUGCAUAUUGUGUUGGCCAUGAGUCCCAUUGGAGAUGCCUUCCGUAACCGCCUUCGAAAGUUCCCAGCUCUUGUUAACUGCUGCACUAUUGAUUGGUUCCAGUCAUGGCCCUCAGAUGCGUUGCAGGCUGUUGCCACCCGCUCCCUGGAAGAUAUUGAAAUGUCAGAGGAAACCCGGGAUGGCUGCAUUGAUAUGUGUAAAAAAUUCCAUACGACAACCAUUACUUUGUCGGAGUCUUUCUACGCUGAACUCCAGAGACACAACUAUGUCACACCUACUUCCUACCUCGAAUUAAUUUCCACUUUCAAAUCCCUUCUGGAAAAUAAGAGAACUCAGGUGAUGAAAAUGAAGAAAAGGUACGAAGUUGGCUUGGAUAAGCUGGAUUCGGCCGCCUCCCAAGUGGCCACGAUGCAGACUGAACUGGAAGCUCUGCAGCCACAGCUCAGGAUAGCCAGUAAGCAGGUCGACGAGAUGAUGCUCGUGAUCGAGAAGGAAUCCUUAGAAGUCGCCAAAACGGAGAAAAUAGUGAAAGCUGACGAGGGCGUGGCCAACGAGCAAGCAAUGGCCGCCAAGGCCAUCAAAGAUGAAUGUGACGCUGACCUGGCUGAAGCAUUGCCCAUUCUGGAAAGCGCCUUGGCUGCCCUGGAUACUUUGACUGCACAGGAUAUCACAGUAGUGAAGUCUAUGAAGAGUCCCCCUUCUGGAGUGAAGCUUGUGAUGGAAGCCAUUUGCAUCUUGAAAGGCAUCAAGGCCGAUAAAAUUCCAGAUCCGACCGGCACCGGGAAAAAGAUAGAAGAUUUCUGGGGCCCAGCUAAGAAGCUUCUGGGGGAUAUGAGGUUUCUGCAGUCCCUUCACGAGUACGACAAAGACAACAUUCCUUCAGCUUACAUGAGCAUCAUUAGAAAACAGUACAUCACCAAUCCCGAGUUCGUUCCCGAGAAGGUUCGAAACGCUUCCACCGCCGCCGAGGGUCUGUGCAAAUGGGUCAUAGCCAUGGAUUCUUACGACAAAGUGGCAAAAAUCGUCGCCCCUAAGAAAAUAAAGCUCAACGCGGCCGAAGGGGAGCUGAAAAUUGCGAUGGAUGGUUUGAGGAAGAAACAAGCGGCCCUCAAGGAGGUCCAGGACAAGUUAGCAAAACUUGAAAAGACGCUGGAAUCGAAGAAGCAGGAGAAAGCUGACCUGGAGAACCAGGUUGACUUGUGCAGCAAGAAGCUGGACCGGGCGGAGAAACUGCUCGGCGGCCUCGGAGGUGAGAAAACCCGCUGGAGCCAGACUGCUGUGGAGCUGGGGAGACAGUACAUCAACUUGACAGGCGAUAUCCUCAUUUCGUCAGGCAUAGUGGCCUACUUGGGAGCCUUCACAUCCAGCUACAGACAAAAUCAAGCACAUGAUUGGAUGCUGACGUGCAAAGCGAGAGGCAUCCCCUGCUCAGAUGACUUUUCCCUGUCAAGCACCCUAGGAGAACCCGUGAAAAUCAGAGCCUGGAACAUCGCCGGGCUGCCUUCUGACUCCUUUUCCGUCGACAAUGGCAUCAUUAUCUCGAAUGCAAGAAGAUGGCCCCUCAUGAUAGAUCCUCAGGGGCAAGCGAACAAGUGGGUGAAGAAUAUGGAAAAGGCGAACAGCUUGUACGUCAUCAAGCUCAGCGAUUCUGAAUUUGUGAGGAUGCUGGAAAACUGUGUGCAGUUCGGCACGCCCGUGCUGCUGGAAAAUGUGGGUGAAGAACUGGAUCCAAUUCUUGAGCCGCUUCUGCUGAAACAGACCUUCAAGCAGGCUGGGAGCAUCUGUAUCCGCCUGGGGGAUUCCACCAUUGAAUACGCUCUCGACUUUCGCUUUUACAUUACAACCAAGCUGAGGAACCCGCACUACCUCCCAGAGACAUCUGUAAAAGUAACAUUAUUGAACUUCAUGAUAACACCCGAAGGAAUGCAAGAUCAGCUACUGGGGAUUGUUGUUGCAAGGGAGAGACCAGACCUCGAAGAAGAAAAACAAGCCCUUAUCUUGCAAGGAGCUGAGAAUAAAAGGCAGCUCAAAGAAAUAGAGGACAAGAUUUUAGAAGUCCUUUCAUCUUCUGAAGGAAAUAUUUUAGAGGACGAAACCGCCAUCAAGAUUCUGUCUUCUUCCAAGGCAUUGGCCAAUGAGAUUUCAGAGAAGCAAGCUGUGGCGGAAGAGACGGAAAAGAAGAUAGAUGCAACCCGGAUGGAAUACCGUCCAAUUGCUGUUCAUUCAUCAAUUCUGUUUUUUUCCAUUGCUGAUCUAGCCAAUAUUGAGCCGAUGUACCAGUAUUCCCUCAUGUGGUUUAUCAACCUGUUUGUCAUGUCCAUAGAUAAUUCUGAGAAAUCUGAUAUUUUACAGACGAGACUGAAGAUACUCAAGGAUCACUUCACUUACUCCCUCUAUGUAAAUAUCUGUCGCUCGCUCUUUGAAAAGGACAAGCUGCUCUUCUCCUUCUGCCUGAACGUAAACCUCUUGACACAUGACAAAAUGAUUGAGGAGUCGGAGUGGAAAUUCCUGCUCACGGGAGGGAUAGGCCUGGACAAUCCCUAUUCCAACCCCUGCCCGUGGCUGCCCCAGAAAUCCUGGGAUGAAAUCUGCCGCCUUGAUGAUUUGCCAACCUUCAAAUCCAUCCGGAAGGAAUUCAUGCGCUUGAAGGAAGGAUGGAAAAUCGUCUACGACAGCCUGGAGCCGCACCACGAGGCCUUUCCUGAGGGCUGGCAAGACAAGCUGGGUGACUUCCAGAGGAUGCUCGUCAUUCGCUGCCUCCGGCCUGACAAAAUUAUUCCGAUGGUGCAGGAGUUUAUCACCGGGAACUUGGGGCGUUUGUUUAUCGAGCCGCCUCCUUUCGAUUUGUCCAAAGCAUUUGGUGACAGUCACUGCUGCGCGCCGCUGAUUUUUGUGUUGUCUCCUGGGGCGGAUCCCAUGGCGGCUCUUCUCAAGUUUGCUGAUGAUCAGGGCUUCGGCGCCUCCAAGCUCAGCUCCUUGUCCCUGGGCCAAGGCCAGGGCCCCAUCGCCAUGCGCAUGAUUGAGAAGGCGGUGAAGGAGGGCAGCUGGGUGGUCUUGCAGAACUGCCACCUGGCCACCUCGUGGAUGCCGACGCUGGAGAAAGUCUGCGAGGAGCUCAAUCCAGAAGCAACUCAUCCCGAUUUCCGGUUGUGGCUCACGAGCUACCCGUCCCCCAAUUUCCCUGUCUCUGUGCUCCAGAACGGCGUGAAAAUGACCAACGAAGCUCCAAAGGGCUUGCGGGCUAACGUGAUCCGUUCCUAUCUGAUGGAUCCCAUCUCUGAUGCUGAGUUUUUUAACAGCUGCAAGCGUCCUGCUGAAUUCAAGAAGUUGCUGUACGGGCUCUGUUUCUUCCAUGCACUGGUCCAAGAGAGGCGGAAGUUUGGCCCCCUGGGUUGGAACAUUCCGUACGAGUUCAACGAGACCGACCUGCGGAUCAGUGUGCAGCAGCUGCACAUGUUCCUGAACCAGUACGAGGAGCUGCCGUUUGAUGCCAUCCGCUACAUGACUGGCGAAUGUAAUUAUGGAGGCAGGGUGACUGACGACUGGGACCGGCGCACCCUCCGCAGCAUCUUGAACAAGUUCUACAAUCCUGUCAUCGUUACGGAUCUCGACUACAAGUUUGAUUCCAGUGGCAUUUAUUUUGCUCCCCCUGAAGGAGAGUAUCUAAGCUAUAUCGAAUACACCAAAUCUCUGCCUCUGAACCCCACCCCAGAGAUCUUUGGGAUGAACGCCAACGCCGAUAUCACCAAAGAUCAAGCUGAGACCCAACUGCUGUUUGAUAAUAUUCUUCUAACUCAGUCUCGUGCGUCGGGUGCAGGUGCCAAGUCGUCUGACGAAAUCGUGCGCGAGGUGGCCAGCGACAUCCAGAGCAAGCUUCCGGCCGACUUCCACAUCGAGGCGGCGAUGCGGAGAUACCCGACGACCUACACCCAGAGCAUGAACACCGUCCUCGUCCAAGAGAUGGGGCGAUUCAACAAAUUGCUGCAAACGAUACGGGACUCCUGCAUCAACAUUCAGAAAGCAAUCAAGGGCCUGGUGGUGAUGUCUGCAGAACUGGAGGAGGUGGUGAGCAGCAUCUUGAAAGGCAAAAUCCCAGGCAUGUGGAUGAAGAAGUCUUACCCGAGCCUGAAACCCCUCGGAAGCUACGUGAACGAUUUCCUUGCCCGGCUGAAGUUCUUACAGAGCUGGUACGAGACUGGAACGCCGCCAACGUUUUGGCUUUCUGGAUUCUUCUUUACUCAAGCCUUCUUAACGGGCGCCCAGCAGAAUUACGCCCGCAAGUACACCAUCCCCAUAGACCUGCUGGGCUUCGACUACGAAGUACUGGAGGACAAAGAGUACAAAAACGCUCCUGAAGACGGUGUCUACAUUCAUGGGUUGUUCCUGGAUGGAGCUCGCUGGAACAGGAAGACUAAGAAACUUGGAGAAUCCCAUCCCAAAAUCCUUUAUGAUACUAUGCCAGUGAUGUGGUUGAAGCCAUGCAAAAGGUCUGAGAUUCCAGACAGGCCGAGCUACUUGGCCCCCGUGUACAAGACCAGCGAGAGACGAGGAACCCUGUCGACGACCGGCCACUCCACCAACUUUGUGAUUGGCAUGAUCCUCCCUUCAGACCAACAGCAGCAGCACUGGAUCGGCCGAGGGGUGGCCCUUCUGUGCCAGCUCAACUCAUAAGCCAAAGCUUCAAG